UGACGCAACUCGUCUUAAUAUAAUUAUAAAUACUGAAUGAAAUGAUGGCAGGGUACCGAACGUUGUGUUGUGUUUGUUGAUCUGUCAUUGAAAUUUUUUGAGGUUAGGUUGUUUGAAACAAUUUUGUUUUUUUUUUGUGAUGGAUAAGCCGCGCCCCUGUGGGUGCAAGGGCUGCCGCACGUGUCUGAUUUGCGAGUCGACGUUCGGGCUUUCGGCCAAAAAAUUCGCACGUCGGAGGGAAGACACCUACGUUUAUUGCCCCCAGUGUAAUGUUGCGUUUCCCGGCUGGGACCCCCCGAAACACCCGGACCAUUCCGGGGCCCCCAUUACAUUCCCAGGAAUUUACAUACAACUCGAUUUCUUAACACCGGAAGAAGAGGCGAAAUUAAUGCAAGGUAUAGAUGAUAUGUCUUGGGACUCCUCUCAGAGCGGGCGCCGCAAACAGAAUUUUGGGCCUAAGUGUAAUUUCAAGAAAAAUAAGCUACGUGAAGGGGACUUUACCGGAUUUCCGAAAUUCACCGAAUUCGUGCAAGAGAAGUUCCGAAAUGUGCCGAUUUUGAGUGAUUUUCAAACGAUCGAACAGUGUUCGCUGGAAUAUGACCCUGAAAAGGGGGCUUCAAUUGACCCGCACGUUGAUGAUUGUUGGGUUUGGGGCGAGAGAGUUGUUACGGUUAAUUUGUUAUCGGAUUCGGUGCUUACGAUGACGUACAAUAGGAAAAAUAAUUAUUAUAAUUUGCAUUUGGUUGGGAAAUAUCCGGCAGUUUUGGACGAAAAAGGCGACAGGAAUUUCACCGAAAGUUGUUACAAAGUGAAGGAGUUUGAAAAUGAUAGGUUUUACCCCACUGUGAGGGUUCCAAUGCCUCGAAGGUCUUUACUUGUGAUGUUUAAUUCGGCAAGGUACGACUGGGAGCACCAAAUUUUAAGGGAGGAUAUUAGGGAGAGGAGGGUGUGUUUGGCCUAUCGAGAGUUCACCCCCAUUUAUCUGAAAGGGGGCGACAAGGAGCAAGAGGGUGCGCCGAUUUUGAGGCAGGCGAGGAAUUUUUGGGAGCACUUGAGGUGAUUGUGUAAAUAAACACAAAAAAUAAACAAGUUAUGUGGCA